AUGGAGGAACCAGAUGAAGAUUUUUUAGAGACGAUUGUUAUUUUAGCACAGAAUCUAGAGAAGAAAUCAAAAGCAAAACAACAAUACCAAGACUAUUCUGAUGACGCUGAACAAGUAGUAUCAUGGUUACUCUUUUUAAUCGUAAAGGGUACUUACCCAGCUAUCAUGCAUGAUGACUUAUUUAUACUACUAUCGUACUAUUCAAAGAUUAAAGAAAAAGCAAUACAGUUACUUGAUAGAUUAGUGGAUAGAGAAGGAACCGAUUUAAUCGGUUUUAUAACAGAGCCAUUAAUGGAUGAUAUCAAAGUUGAACUAAUAGAGUUGCUAAAGUCAACUCUUACAGAUACCUUUAAACAACAUUUAUUUAGUAUCAUUCUAUCAUUUGCAAAUUAUUUAAUACCAAGAGGUCGUUGGAUUGAAUUAGAGAAAGAUAAAUUGGAUCGACCAUCAUCAAAGGUGAACAACCAAGAAGAAGAUGAUAAUGAAGAUGAAGAAGAAGAAAAAGAAGAUGAUAAAGAAGAAGAAGAAGAAGAAGAAUCAAUAUUUCAAGAUAAUGCAAAAGCAUUACUACAAGUAUUAUCAGAACAUGACUUUCAAACAGAAAAACAAGAGAUAUUGAAGGAGUUGUUCAGAUCUGAUGAUUAUAACACAGAGUUGACCGAUGAACAGUACAAAUCAUACAUGCCCACACUCUUAUCAAUACUCGAACAAAUGGUUAGGGUUGAUGAUGACGAAGAUGAUGAUGAUGAGGAAUUACUCAAAAGUAUAAUAGAGGGCUUGAAUCAUGUUAUAUCAAUAUCAGUUAUUUGGAUUGAAUACAUUAAACCAAUCAAUGGAGCGAUGGUAAAGAUAUUGGACAAUGUCUCUUCAUCCAGAAAGAUGGUAUUGGACAUUUUGUUGAUCUUGGCCAGGAACACACCAACCAAAGAAAAAGAGAGUCAAAUUGAUAAGAAUGAUAUUGAAAGAAUCAUUUAUCAUUUGAAUGACUGGCUGGCUGAUGAAUCAUUAAAAGAUUGGAGAAGAGAUAGAGAUGCAUCAGCACGGGCUGACAACUUUUAUAACUUUGACUAUAACAUUGAAGAUGAUAAUGACGUUCCACCAGAGUAUUCUGUCACAGACCCCUUUAUCGAACAAGAAUAUCACUUUGGGGACAUCAUUUCAAAUAUGUCUCGAUUCGUGAGCGCCCUUGGUCAACGUGCAUCAGUACUGGCUUUCAAACAUUUCAACACCAUGUUAAACUCUAAAUCUUGGGAAGAAAGAUUUGCGAUUUUGAUUAGUUUAUCACAGUCUUGUCACUCUGAUGAUCGUAUUAUGCACCAAUUUUUUACUUAUUUUGAUAUUCUAUAUAGGUCAGCAUUAAAAUUAGUAAAUGAUCAAAAUAUACAAGUUAGAUGGUUAUCAUUUCAAUGUUUAAUUAGAUUAUCAGUUGAAUUUCCAACAACAAUGGUCGAAUCAAGACAAGAAAUAUUUCAAGUGAUUGGGAAAUCAAUUCAAAGCAACAUUUCAGAUGAACAUAUUCAAAAUCGUUGUUGUGUUUUGUUUAAAAAGAUUAUUCCAAAACUAACCAAGGGUAUGAUUGAUGAUAUUGUUUUGGAUGGAUUUUGCAAUUCAAUUCAAAUACUUGUUCAAUCACCAAAAUCAUAUCUUGUUGAAAAGUCAUUAGUAUUAUUUACAAAAUUUAUACAAAAAACUCAAAUGAACUUUGCACCUAAUUAUAGAAAUAUCUCUCAGAUACUAUUAUCAUUGUUAGAAAAACAAACUGAUAGUCAAGAGAUAUAUAGUCUUGCAAUCAAAGCAUUUUCAAUGUGUGACUAUGUUAUGGAUAACAAUAUAACCUAUGCAAAAGAUUUAAACAAGGUUAUGAAGUUUAUCAAAAAGGAGGAAUGGUCGUUUGAUCGGAUCGUAAAUACUUUCAGAGAUUCGGAUCUAUUGAAUGGAUCGUCUGGCAAUUCAUUUGCAUUGUAUUUACCAAUGUUUAUGAGGAUGCUUUUAAAUAUACUUGAAACGCCAUUACCCAAUAGACAAGACGAAAUCGAAAAAGUUUCAGAGAAUCUCAGAGAUUUUAAUUGCAUCACGAUCAACAGAAUUAAAGGAGAUCGUGGUGAUGGUCCAUUAGCACCAUACGUUGGUAGAUUGGUAGGUAUACUGUUCAAGUUGGCCGUGUGUCCCGUUAGAGAAAUUCGACAGGAGUCACUUUUCAGCAUACCUGCUUGUCUAAAGCAGUACAAACUGCAUUUUGGUUCGUACAACCACAAUACACUCGAGUUGUUUGACAAGAUUAUCAACUCAGUCCUCAAUUUAUGUCUUGUGGAAAACAAUGUUUCCUGCAUUCAUAAUCAUAUCUACGCGGUAGUGGACUCUAUCAAAGAGAUGGGUCCAGAAUCAAUGACAAUUGGUCAAGUUCAAUUUGUAAUGGACACAUUUUACAAGAUUGAACAAAAGUUGGAAGGCAUUGCACAACAAGUCAGCGAUGGAAUCCAAGAUGUCAUUGAAACCCAUGACCCUGAGGACGAUAUACCAAGUUUAAGCGUCGAAACGCUCGUUGUCAACUAUAUGAUGAUUGAAGAGAUGUUUGAAAGAAAUGGAGCAAUCGCAACACCUCUUAUCACCUCUCAUUUCUUGGAUAGGAUUUGCCAAAAGUUACAUGACACUGAACAAGAGGAUAGUUACACCAAAAGGGGUAUCUUGGAUUUCAUAUUCAUCUACGUCAAGAAUGGUGGUGAGUCUGCCAUCAACACAUUCCCACGGAUCAUUCCAGCCAUUAUCCAAUGUCUAUCCCAUUCAAAUGACAGUGUCACCCUUCGAAUUAGUUGUUAUACACUUGGAAAGAUAGCAGAAUACGUUCCACAAGUCAGCAAUGUCAACUUUAUUAUUCAAAAGUGGUUGUCAACGCUUCCCAUAAAGAAAGAUAUUGCUAUCAUGGUUGAUACCCUUUUUUCCAUUAUCCGUCUCUACCCAAAAGAAUGUCUAGGUCAACAGUACCAACAUGUUGUCAAGAUACACCAAAUCAUAACACAUUAUAUGACAGAUUGCCAACAAAAAGAAAAACAACAACUCUAUCAAAUUUGGUUAUUUAUCAAAGAAUCAUUUGAAGCAAAUUGGGAUCGUCUCUCAAAAGCUAGAAAGGAUACUCUAUCAAAUUUGGAAAGAAUAACAAAUACUUGGACAAUCUAA